CCGUGCGCAGCGAGGAUCCUGCCCGCCUCCCGCUGUAAUCUCUCCGCAUUAGCUAGCUUAGGUACAGGCAGCGGAGCCGCGGCGCUGAGACCGAGCCUUUAUUCCGGCACUAGCGGACUAAACCCGGGUAACAUGGCCUCGCUGGGGGAACCUGUGAGACUGGAAAGAGAUAUCUCUCGUGCCAUUGAGUUAUUGGACAAGCUCCAGAGGACAGGGGAAGUACCCCCUCAGAAGCUGCAAGCCCUGCAGAGGGUUUUGCAGAGUGAAUUUUGCAAUGCUGUACGAGAGGUUUAUGAACAUGUGUAUGAGACAGUGGACAUAAACAGCAGUCUGGAGGUCCGAGCCAAUGCCACAGCAAAGGCCACAGUUGCAGCAUUUGCUGCUAGCGAGGGGCACUCUCACCCUCGCGUCGUGGAGCUUCCUAAGACAGAGGAGGGUCUGGGCUUUAACAUCAUGGGAGGAAAGGAACAGAACUCGCCCAUCUACAUCUCUCGCAUCAUCCCUGGAGGCAUCGCUGAUCGUCACGGCGGCCUAAAGCGGGGAGACCAGCUGCUGUCCGUCAACGGAGUAAGUGUGGAGGGGGAGCACCAUGAGAAGGCAGUGGAGCUGUUAAAGGCAGCUCAGGGUACGGUGAAACUGGUGGUUCGCUAUACCCCUAAAGUACUGGAAGAGAUGGAGUCGCGCUUUGAGAAGAUGCGAUCUGCUAAACGCCGGCAACAGAAUAGCUACCCACAGUAGGGUUAAACCCCCAAAGGCCCUCACUUUUUUUUAAAUCUUUAUUUCUCUCUCCCCCUCUCCUUUUCUCUCCUUCACUCUAUUUCUCUACAUUCUGCCCUUCUUUCAGCUCCAACUGCUCUCUCUUUUCUCUGCCCAGGGAUUGGCCACAUGUAUGGCACUUCUUUUUCUCCUUUUCUGGAAUUUUCUAAACUCUUAUCUCCUUAAUUUUGAACACACUCUCUUCACAAUAUUGUGGCAUGAACACUACUUGGGUUUUUUUAUAUUUUAAAUGCAAUCACACAUUUACAAUCACACAGACACUCAUUGUACACUGUAUGUGCAUUACUCGGACUGUUCUGUCAAUCAGAGAUCGAUUGGUCAGGAUUGCAAUGGGACCACCACCAUCAUGAUCAUUAUCAUCUGCUCCUGAGGUGAUUUAAACGAAAUGUAAAACAUAUGUUAAAAGUGCCUCAAGAGCUUAAGAAAUAUGGAAUGUCUUUCGGUCACCGGUUGGUUCUCACCGUACUGUAUGUUACCUGUGGUGAUUUAAGAGGAAAAAUGAAUGAAUGAACACUUCCGCCUUCUUGUAAAAUCUAGAUAAGCUUAAGCAGCGUGUGGGAAGUGGCUUCUUAAACAGAAUAAAUGCGUUGGUCAUUUCUGAUUGUGGUUUUAUGGCUUUCCUUGCUUGCAUACAAUAAUGAAAUGAUUUUCCUCAGCUGGGAAAAUAGAAGUGUCAUAACAUAAUACUCAACUAGUAACACUAUUGUGACUUUUUUUUCUUUGUUUGUUCAUUUUAAUAGUUGCAUUGUCUUAGUCUUUUAAUUGUGAAAAAACUAAGCUUCAUCACAUCAGAUGGGGAUGACCAAAUUGUGAAUGUUAUUUAGUCAUGUAUGACAAUGCUUGACCAUAUCUUCAUGCUGGUCCUUACCUUUAAUGGUCUAGUGUAUGUUGUGUAUUUGUUACUCAUAUCCUCAUGAUUUUAGACCAAUUUUACAUUUAUCUUUAUCAUCUUGAAGUAGUAAGGUAAUAUAAAAAGCGUGAAGCUUAGAAAGUUGACCUUUUCCCCCUGAAUUUAGAAGAAUUAGUCAAACAGAAGUUAAGCACUGACCCCACACCCUAUAACCCCCCAAGGUACAGCUUGGGUGAAUUAUAUUUAUUUAGAUUUAAGUAUUUAUUGUUUUUAAAAUCACCCUAGAAAUAUGUUUUAGCCCAAAAUUGUUCUUACAUUUGUGCAGUAGGUUUUAUUUUAUAUUCGCUCCUUUCCCUUUGCCAUGUAAUGUGGCAAUAUUUAGUUCAACCUCAAAGCAGAAAAAGUUGGGACAGUAUGGAAAAUGGAAAUAAAAAUGCAUUUGCAGUUCAUGUUUUCUUUGGGCUAAUGUUAUUUGUUAAUUAACAUCUAUUCCUGCAACACAUUCCUUAAAAUGAGUGAUUUCAAACAGGUUAUUUGUAACCAUGAUUUUGUAAAAAAAAAAUAUUAUCCAAUAAAUUAAAAAAGAAAAAAAAAAACUAAUGAAAAUAUUAUCCAAAAACUUUUAUCCACAACGGUUGAGUCUUUGAGGAGCAGUUUCUAACAAAUAUAUAAGAAAACUGUUUUUAAAAAAUUGUUCUUCAAAGAAAGUAUUUUAUGGAAGUACUUACAUCUCCCCCAUUUGCUGAUUUGCCAUGGACAGUAGGUACAGAUCCCUCCCUCAAAAGAAGUCUGCUGGCUAAUCCUGCUGUGUACUGUCUGGCUGAUUCACAGAAAAUGGAUGGAUGGAUUUUGUUUUAGUGCUUUAAGUGUUUUUAUAGGGGCAGUCAAGACCCAAUUGAAAUUACAAAAGCACCCCUUUAAAUUUGACCAAACAAAAUAUGAAAUAUCUUAAUAAAAGUUUGCAUGUUUCAUACUGCCCCAGCCUUUUCUGAUUUAAAGGUUGUAGUUUGUUUAAUGAGAGGAUUGUGUUUGUUUCUGAGGUUCAUCAUUCAUUAGACGAGAAUAUAUUCUUCUCUUUUUAUUCUCACCGUAGCAAGACCAAGAAUAUAUAUGUAUAUUUUUUAUCACCCCAGAUGUUUCCUAAAAUGAAUUUGUCCUGAUCCACAGAGCAUCGUAAGGUAGCCUCGCUUUUGACUUUCUUCUUGUACUCAUUUCCGAAUGUUAAAAAAUGCAAAGCUCCAGAUGUAUUUUUAAACCUCAAACGCAGGUAUUUUCAGUGUCUAACAAGCUCAGAAAAAAAGCCGUCUAUUUUUCUCGAUCUCUCAUAAAAUAUUUAGUGCGUUUCUAAUUCUAGGCGCUCAUGAAUCAUCAGGAGCUGUGAGAUGUGUUGAUGCAUGGGAAGAGAGAGAGAAAGAGAGGAGGGGUGGGAGAAGGGGGCGGUCUCGUUUCUUGCGUAAGAGAAGCAGUCGUGCGUUUGAAUCUGGAAAGCGUACUUUUAAAUCAGUUUGCGAGAGAGAUGGAGCGGACGCUUUGUUCUGGAAGAGCUCAGGUUGCAUUUCUCCUUCUCUGCCUUUCUGUGAUGUAACAUUUCAUACGUAACCUGUUGUUCCACUGAAGCAAUAAGACUCGCUCUUUUCUCACCAGGCUGUGGUUUAAUAUUCAGUGCUCCCGAGUCCUCAUUAUUGUCCUUUUUUAUUUUUUGGAGGGGGUUACUAUUUUUGUAACUGCAUUUUCUUUUAAUAUUGCGCCCCUUUUUGAUAACAGAUUCUUCUUUUUGUUCAUUUGAGAACAGAUUUUUUCCAAGGAAUGAUUUGUAUUGCUUUUCUGAGUGCAUUGUCCCUCCGUUUUUGAGUACAAAAACCCGAACUUGCAGCCUUUCUGAGAACUAUUUGAUACCCUGUUGAAUGUCCAGUGCUAGUUUGGGACUGUUACUUUACUGAAACUAAUCUUGUAUUGUAUUGUAUCAUUUGGCAUUUUCUCUUCUUUGUCCUGGUCUGUUGUUACAUUUAAUGUGGAUGUAUAGAAUUAUGACAAAUUACUUCGUAGAAUUGAUAGUAAUGAGAUUUGAAGCUGCACAAAAUAAAUUACAGAUGAAUUGUG